AUGACUAAUCACGUCUCCGCACGGUUGACUACCAUUGCAUUCGAAGAUGGCACUCUUGAACAGCGCAAUCGGUCAGGUGCCCAUAACGCUUCGGGGGAAGAUGAGCCCCACCGUCGAAGACGUUCAGCAAGUCGAGACUCGAUAUCCAGCGUCCGCAGUCGAAUACAGCACGCCAAUUACGAUAUCCCUAUUACGUACCGUACUCUAUCAUUUCAAACUUCAGAGUCCAAGGCUAUCAGCGAAUUGGGUGGUGAAGACAAAGGAAAGGAGGACCUGCGAACACCGGGUCAUGAAUUGGCGCACGCCGACCACCAUCGCAUCAGUGUUGAGAGACUGUGCCAGCGCUUAGGAGUGUCGCCAACAGUGGGUCUGAGUUCUGAUUCAGCAGCCAAACACUUGCAAGAGCAUGGUUACAACGUGCUGCCCCAACGCCGUCGAAACUACGCCAAAACGCUGGCGGGAUAUGUCUUUGGCGGGUUCUGCUCGAUCCUAUGGGUGGGCGUCAUUAUCUUUUUCAUCUGCUGGAAACCUCUAGGUGAUCCAGAUCCUCAACCCUACAAUUUAGGCCUUGCAGUCUUGGUCAUUAUUGUCAUCAUUCUUCAGGCUUCCUUUUCGGCCUUCCAAGACUGGUCAACCGCCAAAACUAUGAACUCUAUCCUCGGCAUGUUGCCAUCGGACGCCCUCGUUCUCCGUGAUGGGCACCGCAAAAGCGUUCCCACAAAAGAAGUUGUCGUGGGCGACAUUGUCCAUCUCGAAAUCGGGAACAAGGUCCCUGCAGACAUUCGGCUUAUCAAGACCAUCGGAGACACUCGGUUUGAUAGAUCUGCCAUGACGGGUGAAUCUGAAGAAGUCGAAGCGUCCCUUGAUCCCACAGAUGACAACAUUCUCGAGAGUCGAAAUAUGGCCCUGAUGGGCACUGUUGUUACCAAUGGAACCGCCACUGGAAUUGUCAUCUUCACAGGCGCGAAAACCGUGAUGGGGGCCAUUGCCAAAGCUACAUCUGCCGUGAAAGCGAAGCCAACCGCCAUUCAACAGGAAAUCACCCGCUUCGUCACCAUAAUCUGCGGACUUACGAUCUGCUUAGCAUGUCUGAUUCUUUUUGCCUGGGUUGGCUGGCUGAGGAUACAACAUCACUCUUUCAUGAACGUGGUGGCAAUGCUGGAUGACAUCAUGGGCUGUGUCGUCGCCUUUAUCCCCGAAGGGAUGCCUGUCGGCGUAGCACUGACUCUGAUGUUGAUAGCAAGGCGGAUGAAGGCAGUCAACGUGUUGCCCAAAAGCCUGGCUACGGUGGAGACUCUGGGCUGCGUUUCAGUCAUCUGCUCCGAUAAGACUGGAACCUUGACCAAGAACCAAAUGACUGUGACCAGUAUUAGCUUCGUGGACGAGUCCAUGUCUUCACAACAGGCAAAGGAGCGCUUUUCGCGAAGUCCACCAGCACAGUCAUUGGUACGUCUCAUGACUGCUGCAGGAUUGUGCAACGGAGCGUCUUUUGACCCUGUCUGUCUCGAGAAACCGAUAGAAGAUCGUCUUACACAUGGAAAUCCAACGGACGGAGCACUCCUUCGGUUCGUGGAGGCUGUAACGUCUAGCCAGCGACUUCGCCAUCUGUUUCCUCAAGUCGCUGCUAUCCCAUUCAAUCCCAAGAACAAGUUUAUGCUAACGCUGCAUCAAACACUGCCGGAUGAGGCCAAUCCUGCGGGGAAGGCGCCGUCGAUGGCAUAUACAGCAUUCCUCAAAGGAGGGCCUGACGUAUUGUUGCCUAGAUGCUCUCAAUACUGGUCUUUCCAAUCCAAUUCUGUCGCUGACUUGGACGGCGAAGCAAGGACGGCCUUCUCGGAACUCCAGAACAGAAUGUCGCGCAAUGCAGAGCGAGUCAUCCUUUUAUGUGAGCGUAAAUAUACACCCACCAAUCCUAUUCAUUCCAAUGAAUUGUCCCAGGAGCUUGUUGAUCACUGUGCAACGGGUCUUGUCGCCAUUGGUCUGGUGGGCAUAUUUGAUCCGCCACGGCCGGAGACUGCUUCCACUGUUGCAGCUUGCCGCCGUGCUGGAAUCCGGUUCUUCAUGAUGACAGGAGACUUUGGUCUAACUGGCGCCGCAAUUGCUCGUCAGGUCGGCAUUUUUACCGGAGACCGAGAGCCCGACACAUUUUCAACAAUUGAAGAACGACGGGACGAGGGGCCCGACACCGAGUAUAGCAACCAGUCUCUGCUCCUGGAAGGCUCCCAGAUCAGCCAACUUGAGAAGGACGACUGGAACGUUGUAUGUGCCUACCAGGAGAUUGUGUUCGGCAGGUGCACUCCGGAACAUAAACUUCGGAUCGUUAACGAGCUCCGGAGUCGUGGAAAUACCACUGCAGUGACUGGAGAUGGUGUCAACGAUGCCCCUGCUCUGAAAGCUGCCGAUGUCGGCGUCGCGAUGGUCAACGGCAGUGACGUCGCCCUCGAGGCUGCUCAUCUGGUGCUACUCGACAAGUUUGACUCUAUUGUUGACGGAAUUCGACUCGGCCGUCUUGUAUUCCAGAAUCUUCAAAAAGUCAUCAGCUACCUUCUGCCCGCUGGAAGUUGGUCAGAGAUCUGGCCAGUGCUGGUCAAUGUCUUCUUUGGCGUUCCACUGCCACUCUCUUCCUUUCUGAUGAUCAUCAUCUGCGUAUUUACCGAUUUAUUUCUGGCUCUGAGUCUCAUCAUGGAGAGAGAAGAAUUCGACCUUCUUAGUCUGCCGCCGCGGAACCGAAAGAAGGAUCAUUUGAUCAAUCUUCGGAUCUAUGCUCAAUCUUACCUUUUCAUCGGUGUCAUGGAAACCAUCUGUGCGCACGCCAUGUACUUUUUAUACUACUACCGAUAUGCGCGGAUUCCGAUCAAAGACCUGUUCUUUGCCUUCGAAAAGUACUCUGCUGGCUUCCACGGAUACACCGAGGCAGAACUUACAGCAUUCAACACCACGGGGCAAUCCGUCUACUUCAUUACGUUGGUAUUUCUUCAAUGGGGCAACAUUCUUUCUAUCCGAAAUAAGAGGCUGUCAAUCCUCCAAGCUGAUCCCAUCCGAAAGCAGCGUCGUAAUCCUUGGCUGCUCUUGUCUGCGGUUCUCUCGAUAGCUGUUGCGAUUUUCGUCACGCAGGAACCUGGUAUUCAAAGCUUGUUUGGCACUGGGAGCGCACCCAUCGAGUUCUGGUUCUUGCCUUUGCCGUUGGCGCUUGGGAUCCUGAUGAUGGAUGAGCUGAGAAAGUUAUGUGUCCGCACCUGGCCACGAGGACCGCUUGCUAGAAUCGCAUGGUAA